UCCGCAGCUCCUCCCCCAGUCUCCCCUGCAUCAGGACCAUCACUUGCAUCCUUAGAGCAUCAGCACGCUACAGCACAUUCUCUGCAUCCAGAAGACUCCUACUCCAUCCUGAUACAGCAGGCUUGAAGCUUUGCGAUUAUGGAGAGCUUGCUGGAUAACCCAAUGAAAGCCGUGCUUUAUCUCAAAGAACUGACCACUAUUGUACAAAAUCAGCAAAGUCUAAUUCAAACCCAGCGGCAGCGCAUCGACGAGCUGGAGAGGAAGGUUGAGGAUCUGAUCGGCGAGAACCGUCAGCUGAGAGAUCCGCAUCAAUAUCAUCACCAUCAUCCGCACCACCAUCACCACCCAUCCCCGCGGACCAGCAGCCCUCAGCCGGCCGCUCACCCGCACCAGCAUCCGGCGACUCACGGGCAAAGCCAGCCGCAGCAGCAUCCGUCCAAACAGCCGCAGCAUCCUCCGGCAGCUCCCAUCCAUCACCCGCAGCAUCUGCAGCUCGUGCCUACGUCCCCACCGACUCUGAAAGCGAGCCAGUCCAGCCCGGAGUCCGCGGAGGACGAGAAGAGGAGCCCGUCUUGCAAGUCUCUGGUUCCGCAGACUCCUUCGACAUUGUGCCGGUCCGUUGGACUCGCCAGGAAACCGGAGAACCAGACGGUUCUACACCAGUUCUGCUGUCCUGCUCCAGACGCCCCUGAGUCUGACUCUCAGGCCUGUUUACCCAGUGAAGAGCCACCUCCUCCUUCUUCCAUUACAACACCUUCACCUGCUGCAUCUCCAUCACCUGGGGUGACUUCCACCAGUGCCACCCAGCCCGAGGUCCAGGUGGCACCUCUGGCUGCAGGGAGCACCGUGACAUCUGUUGAUUCAGGAGGGGGAGAUGGGGCUCGAGAUGAAGGUGAAGCGCAAGAGAGAGACAGUACAGAAGUGGAGAAGGAAGAGGUGAGAGUACAAGAGAUUGAACAGGAGGAAGAAAAACCCCAGGAUCAACCGCCACAACCAGUGCAGGAAGAGGUGAAGAAGGAGACAGAGGAGCAGGAAAAGGAAACAGCAAGUACGGGAGGCACAGGAAGGAGGCCAAGCUUGCAUCACACUGCUUCGCCAAUCAGAGUACAGAGGAAUGGAGCAUGCAGCCACUCCACCACCUCCGACUAUGAACUCUCGCUCGACCUCAAAAACAAGCAGAUCGAAAUGUUAGAGCACAAAUAUGGGGGCCACCUCAUCUCACGCCGUGCUGCUUGCAAGAUCCAGACGGCUUUUCGCCAGUAUCAGCUCAGCAAAAACUUUGAGAAGAUCCGAAACUCCCUCCUUGAAAGUCGUUUGCCACGCCGUAUCUCCCUGCGAAAAGUGCGGGUGCAAAAUACAGAGGGUAUCUCAGCUGAACGGGCGCUGGCUGAAGGCUGCAAUCUGGCAAGUAUCCCCCUUGUCCGGUCCCCAUCCUUGCCCACCACGGUAGGUGGCUCCCUCACUGACCUCGAAGAUUCCUUCAAUGAGCAAGUCCAGUCUCUUGCCAAAUCCAUUGAUGAUGCACUUAGCAACUGGAGCAUGAAGACCAUGUGUUCACUCCAAGAAGGUGGCGCCUACCAGUUUAGCUCAGAGGCCUUUAGUACAGCUGGUGGCAAAUCUGGGUUGGCAGGAACAGUCCGAGAAGGUGGCCCCAUGGACCCUGCCACAUUCCAUAGCGGAACAGGCCAAGUAGACAAUUCUGAGAACAUAGCCCGGAGUGCCAGCAAGCUGAUGAUGGCCUUCCGGGAUGUAACAGUUCAAAUUGACAGCAAGAACUUUCACAUGUCCACCUCUGUUUCUCUCGGUAAUUGUGUCCAGCAGGGGGCCAUAAUUACUGAGAGCCCACAGCAACCUCUGGUCAGUGAUGCAGAGGAACAACCCCAACAAGGACAACCACCACCAUCUCCACAGGAUCCAGCUCCUCCACCCCUAGAGCAGGAUCCUGAGGAAAUACCAGAUGGCGAUUUCCCAGCUCCUCCACCAAGUGAGGAGGAGCUUGGGGAGGAUCUUCCACCUCUGGUCAUGGAGAAACAGGAAGUUCCAGAACCAGCAAUUCCAGUAGAGACAGCAAUAACCUCUGAAACCUUGCCUCCACCAGAGGUUGCAGAGACGCCAGUCACCCCAAUUGUAGAGGUUUUGGAAGCUAAGCGAAUUGAGUCAGACACAGCGGACAACAGCUCAGAGCAGAUGAGUAGCAGCAGUACAUCCACAUCAGCUCAAUCGGCUUCUGAGGUCUCGUCCAAAGAGGCUUUACAGGCCAUGAUUCUUAGCUUGCCCCGAUACCACUGCGAAAACCCAACCAGUUGCAAAUCUCCUACCCUCUCCACUGACGUCAUGCGAAAACGCCUAUAUCGUAUUGGCCUCAACCUCUUCAACAUAAAUCCAGACAAAGGCCUCCAGUUUCUCAUCUCUCGUGGGUUCAUUCCGGAUACGCCUAUAGGUGUGGCACACUUCCUGCUCCAGAGGAAGGGGCUGAGCCGACAGAUGAUCGGCGAGUUUCUUGGCAACAGCAAGAAGCCGUUUAACAGAGAUGUGUUAGACUGUGUGGUGGAUGAGAUGGAUUUCUCGGGGAUGGAGUUGGAUGAGGCUCUGAGGAAGUUUCAGGCUCAUAUCCGUGUGCAAGGCGAAGCGCAGAAAGUGGAGAGACUGAUAGAGGCAUUCAGCCAGCGUUAUUGCAUGUGUAACCCAGACGUGGUGCAGCAGUUCCACAAUCCUGACACAAUCUUCAUCCUUGCAUUUGCCAUCAUCCUCCUCAACACAGACAUGUACAGUCCCAACAUCAAACCCGAUCGUAAGAUGAUGCUGGAAGACUUCAUCCGCAACCUUAGAGAUCUGUGUUUUUAUUUAGGAGUUGAUGAUGGCGCAGAUAUUCCACGAGACAUGGUAGUGGGAAUAUAUGAGCGUAUUCAGCUGAGGGAAUUACGCUCGAAUGAAGACCAUGUCACUUAUGUCACCAAGGUGGAGCAAAGCAUUGUGGGAAUGAAAUCGGUUCUGUCAGUGCCUCACAGGAGACUGGUGUGCUGCAGUCGGCUGUUUGAAGUGACUGACAUCAACAAAGCCCAGAAGCAAGCUGCUCACCAGAGAGAGGUCUUCCUCUUCAAUGACCUAGUUGUGAUUUUGAAAUUGUGCCCAAAGAAGAAGAGUUCAGCUGCAUACACCUUUUGCAAGGCCGUGGGGCUGCUGGGCAUGCAGUUCCACCUGUUUGAAAACGAAUACUAUCCUCACGCCAUCACUAUUGUGUCUCCGUGUUCGGGCUCUGAUAAGAAGCAGGUGUUGAAUUUCUGUGCUCAGAGCGCAGAGGAGCUGCUCAAGUUCGUAGAGGACCUGAAGGAGUCCAUCUCCGAGGUGUCAGAGAUGGAACAGAUACGUAUUGAAUGGGAGUUGGAGAAACAACAGGGAGCAAAAACUCACUCCAUCAAAAAUAACGGGACUCAGCUUGAGUUGAAGGGAAGACAAGGUUCUCCUUCAGGAAAACAGGAAAUGAAUGCAUCACAGAGCGGACACAAUGCAGUAGAGGUGUCAAUUCACAACAGGCUUCAGACGUACCAGCUCAACGCGGCACUGCAGAGCCCUGAGACCACCGCCCUUCUCAACCACCAGAGGGAGCUCUUCCAGCAGCCUCCGUUGCAACGCGCCAGCCCCACACCCUCACACUCCUACCAGCCCGUGGCCCUGGCCGAGAUACGACCCGACACACUCAUCCAGUGCCAGCAAAUCGUCAAGGUCAUCGUCUUGGACAAAGGCGGUCACGGACACAUGGAAGCGUACCUCAGCCAGAGCCCCACUCAUCACCAGCUCAUCCAGUCUGUCGCCUCCACACCAGUGCGCUCACCUGAUGGCGGAGGCAACCAGGGGGGAAACAACGACGGUUCACAACCUCCCUUGCCUCCACCUCCACCACCGUAUAACCACCCUCACCAGUAUAUACCCCCUGAUCCCCGCCUUGCACUGCAGAGGACCCCAAGUGGCUCUCGUAGCCUGAUGUAGAGUUCAAACCGAUAACUAUAAAACACUCCAGGCGCACUUUUGAGAGUAUUUAUCUACAUAUGUAUAUAUAUGAAAGAAAUAUAAUGAAAAAAAAUACUAUCUAAAUGCAUAUAUUUAAGGUAAGAGACGUUUCUUGAAUUUGCGGAUAUGUGAAACAACCAAUAAGAAAAUACGAUUUACCUAAUUGCUGUGUAUUUUGAAAUGUUAUGUAGUUUUAACAAAUUUCUAUAACAGUUUUUGUCCUUCUGGACUCUCUCUGAGGUUAUAUCGUUGAGUACUUGUUCUUGACAGGAUUUCUCUGGUGCAUUUUGUUUUAAAGACAAAAUGAUUUCACGAAAAAAUAAGGCACCCGACAACAUUCAUUUCAAUUCCACCGACACUUGCUCUUGUGUGGGAGCUGGUUUUACUUGCAAAAUCACCCUUUUUGGCUUUUAUUAUCCUACUGAUGAGUCUAUUUAGUGUGUGUGUGUGUGUGUGUGUGUGUGUGUGUGUGUGUGUGUGUGUGUGUGUGUGUGUGUGUGUGUGUAUGCUUUUGACUGGAAAAUGAUAUACGUGCCAAAAUGAGGACUCCCUCCACCGUGGACUUUUUGCACUGUUGAACGCUUAGGGCUAGAGCAAACAUUUGUGCUUAUAUCAACGACCAUUUAGAUUCCCUCUAGGGGAAUAAGCGGUACCAUUAGCCACAAACUGAUUCUUCCCCCACUUCUUAUGUGGCCGAUGUUGUAUUCCUGUGAAAUGUGAAUUACUUCCUAAUUAUCACCUGUCUUUGAAAAUGUCUUUUAUGUCACUCAUAUUAAUGGAUAUAAGUAAAUUGAGAAUGUAGAAAGUAUGAAGGCUCUUUCAUAUGACUCACGUCAACAUUCCCCAAUGUGUUGGCACACAGGUCAAAUGUUACAACAUGACUCUCAGAAUUAAGAUGAUUUCAACUUUGACCUCAUUUGCUUCUGAUCUUUUUAAAUAUAACCAGCAAUUACCAGACUAUUUGCAUGACUUAUCUUCAUGUGAGCAGUGCCAAUGCAAAAAUGAAAACAAGACAGAUGAGAAACAUUGAGCAAGACAACAUCAAAAGGCAUGUCUUGACUUUGUCUUAAUUGUUUUAGUACCUUGGCAUAAACAUUGCCAAAAAAAUUGUAUCAAACCCAUUUUCUAUGCCACAAUGUUACCAGCGGACUUCCACAAUAUGGUAUGCUUCAGCACACCAUUGCUUUUCCACAGUGAUACACUGGACUAAAUUGACUCCAGUUGACUGAUUAAUAAUAAAUGGCCAGUUAUGACUCCCCUCACCAUGGUUUGAUCAUCAUUAUGGCUAAAUUAUCGCUGCCUUGAUCUCUAAAAAUGUACAAUUGCAGCAAAUAGCAUGAACUUUUGGGAAAUUACUUGCAUUCUAUGAAAAGCAUCAAUUGGAUAGAAGUGACGGAAAUAAUUACAUUAAUUUAGAUGCACAUGGUUCUAAACCAGCUCAUAUAGAGAUAAUUUAAUCUGGAUUUUGGGUUGUUAGUGAAUGAGACACAGGUUUUUGUGAUGAAAUGCUGACGUUGUGCUAACUGUGGAGUGAAAUUGCUGAAAUGCCAGAAGUCUUUCUAUGAUGUAGCGAUGCAAACAGUGGGAAUUGUAUCCUGUUAAAAGCUCAAAUAUGUGUUACUUCUUCCAUUGGCUCUCACUAAGUUCACUAUUUACUACCUAGCAACCUCGUAAAUUUGCUUUAGUUUUUGAAGGUCAAAGUUCAUAGAGGGUUGUGUUAAAGCCCUGACAUGAGUCAUGUGAAUGGACUUUUAAUAUGUUGCAACGUAUCAUAGCUCAAUGAUGAAAAAGAGCCGGUUACAGCCAGCGAAUGGUUAUUGUUCACACGCUCAGGAAUUUCAGAGAGUACCUGAAAGAAGACUGAGAUCUUUAAAUGCUUGUACUUGAACUUUAUGUAGCAACUUGGAACGUAUAAGGCCCUUGGGAAAAGGCCAUUUGACCCCAGCAACCAUCUUUGGACACAAUAUGUGUUUGUCUGACUUUCUGUGAAAAGAUGGCAGAAUGUUGCAUCACUGUCAUCACAUGACUCAGACAAUGUAACAUGGUUUCAUAGUGUUAUUCCUUCAUCAAUACUCACAACUAUAUAAAACUCCCAAGAGACACCCUUCAGCACCAUCAAACUAUCUCUGCCGUUUGACUACUAAAACUCUUGUCUGAAGCUUUUCGAGAGCCAAGUGACACUUGAAACAUCAACUGAGAUGCACAUUGUUGGCACAAAACACUUUAACCUGAAUGUCUGUCUGGUUUGGUCUGAUUUUAUCAGCUGAAUGGAAAACUGAUUAACGGUUUAUUUUUAUUAAGCUUGUAUGUAGCUAUCAUAUAUCAGCAUAUAAAGCAGCAAUGAAAUAGCUCUGAAAAAUGUUAACUACCCACAAUCCAACCAUUUUUAAUAAUGGUUGUCAUCAGCAUAAUUAAAGUCAACGUGAAACAUAAUUCACCACCUAUUUUGCAUCCACAAUAUAAUGUGUUAAGGGUGUGUAAAGUGAAACAUGAUAUUUAAUGAAAAAUGUGGGACUAAAUAUUAGAAAGUGGAUGGAGUAGUGGAGCCAGACAUAAAUUCUGGUUUACCAGCAAUCCAAGGGACAUGGAGGCCAAAGAUGAAAUUCACCCUCCAGAGCAAAUCUGACAUUGCCAAAAAAGCUAUUUGGCUAUUGCCCCUCACAGCCAUGGUAAUAUUGCCUGGGAAAAAGAAAGUCAUUUCAGCGGCACAGAUGCCAGGAAUGUGUAUUAAUUUGAUUUCAUGUUGACUUUAAGCUCUAGGAUUUAUCAUAACACCAUUGGCGUGUCAUAAGUAGCUGUGUGUCCUAUUUCCUCUGUUUUCUUAUAUGAUUGUUUCAUAAUUAUAUCGCUGCUGUUUGGAGCUCCCAAUCUGAUCUUUGUUUCCUCUUCCCAUUGUGUCUUUAUUUCCAUGUAUGGUGAUAAUUUUGGAUGAUGGACACCAGGUCCAUCAUAUAUAUUGGUGGAAAACUCAACACAUGAGUCGAAUGCACAACCUGGACAUCAACAAAUUGUACAGUACAUCCCUCUCUUCUUAAAAUCUGUUCCAAAAAACCAUGAACUGCCCAGCCUUUCUCAAUUAAUGAAUAUUGCAUCCUUUUGUUUCCAUACGUUUAAGGUAAACAAAUAGUUGGAAUUCUGUCAUUAUUUAAUCUACUUCAUAUCGAAGCCUGUCGUUGUGUCACGGUAAAAUAUUAAAUACAAUUCUGACUUUAUGUGACAAAAUUACCACGUAAUAUAUCACAAUAAUUGUUACUUUAUUCCUAUUUUCAUCAACCCAGGCUAACAGGAAAAAUGUGCAUGCGACAACAUUUCUAAAAUUGUUAUUAGGUUCCUUCUUGGAUGUUUCAUGGCACUUUUAAAGUAAAAUGUCCAGCAUGUUCAAAUUUCUCCAAAACAGAUGAACAGAUGUCCAGUGAGUGGGGCUAAAAGGUUAAUGCUCUGUCGCAUUUGGAAAUAACAUACCACCUUCACUGAACCCUACUCAAAAUCGAACUGAUAGUGUACAAACAUAAGAUAAAAAUGCUUUUCUUGAAGCAACCAUGCCAGUUUAGCUUACUCCUAGUAGUCUUUGAGCUCUUUUAUCAACAGGCAUCAUGACUUGUGUUUAACAUAAUAUAGAAAAUGCCCAAAGAACCACACAAACACACACAAAAGUAUUUAUUAGUAUACCUUUAUGGUCCGGGUCUGUAAUAUAUAUAUAUAUAUAUAUAUAAACUCAGGUUUUAUACAGCCACUAGUUCCAUUUUAGCUGUAAACUGCUGUGAAUUGUACAUAGAGACACAUUUUUCCAAUGAGCUUGUGUUGGUUUUCAUAGAUGUCACUAUUGUAUCAGAAAGAACAUAGUGAAUAUUCUUCAAAAUAUCUCCUGCAUACAAAAUAAUAGCAUACAAGAUAUGAGGGUGUGUAAAUAAUGACAGAAUCCUAUAAAGAUCCAGCCUUUGAGUAACAGACAACUGUCGCAUAGAUCUAUAAUUCUCCUUUAUCAAAAAUUUCAGCAGUAUAGCUUAGUCUGGAAAAAUAAAUAUAGGUGAAUUACACAACCAGCUCCAAAAAUGGUGAAAGAAUCAGCACCAGUUUCCUUUCUAUGAAAUACUGAGUGACAGGAGUUCACGUUUUGUCUUUUUCUUUUUUCGUCGCCUUGCAUUUGGCCCCUGAGGGAGUUGGCGUGGAGGUGAUGGAAACAGGGAGCCAGAUGAAUUGUGCAUGACCCUGGUUUUGAAGAGUUUAUUAUGCUUGAGCGACUGUGCCCUGGCUAGCAAAUAAGAUGUGAUCUAACCCAACAGAUGAGUGUUGAAUUUAAGCCCUUUACACAACCAAAGGCUAUGCUAAUGCUAAUGCUAACUUUGGUUUAGCCUGCAGAAGGGCUAUUGCACUGAUGAGUUAUGCUGCCUUCAAGUCCUUCAGAAUGAUGGCAUUUAUGAGAUUUAUGAGACACUAUUAUAUUCAUCUUUUGAUCUGUUAAACUAGUUAACUAAAGUUGAUGAAAAGGUGUUUUUUAGCAUUCUUGUGUGAUAAAACGUUGACAAACACAUGAAUAAGGCAUCAUUACACACUAAUGUGCAUUCUUUCGCCUUUGUUUUGUAGCAGUAGCGCUAAAAAGUUGUGUUAAGAAAAGACAGAAUAAAAGUAAAUUAAUAAAGGGUCAGUUUUAUUCUAAACAAAUAAAACUUAUAUUUUGUUGUACUUACAGUUACAGAACUGAUUAGGAAAAAAAAAAAAAAAAAACAUCGCAGGAGAACUUGAAGACAGUUUAACGUUUAUGAGCGCUAAUUUUCACAGGAAGUUAUUGUGUGUGUUAGCGAAUUAUUUAUGUGUGUUUGAAAGAAAGUCAGUCCCAUUAUCCAAUUGUGGGUUUUACUCUUGUCUGUAUGAUAGAUUUACAUGCUAUUAAACAUGUUUCUGUCUAUUCCAGACCUACAUGAGUGGUCUGGUUAUUUAUUUACUGUCCUUUUCAGACUGACAUGAAUGGUUUGUUGUAUCCACACAUAAUAGAGCCUUUUUCAAAUUUAAUGCAGAGCUAUGGAUCAACACAGGUCAAGGGUCACUAAAAGAGUUCAGCUAACUAAUAGUGUCUAUUUUUUCCUCUUAGAACUGCUGCUAAAAUGGAAGGCAGUUAUUGUGCAUAUUGCUUUUUGGUUUAUAUGCUGCUGCUGCUAUGCCCUGCUGGUUUGUUAGUGUUUGUCAAAGUAUGCAAGAAUAAAGUAAGACCGUAGUUCCUCUCAA